AUGGCAAAGAUUAGUCUUGGAUGCUUUAUUUUGGCCUAUGCCUUAGUAUUUAUACUCAUGUACUCUCAAGUGAAGGCUGAUUUGGGAGAGGGAUGUAAGGGGAACUGGUGGAAAUUUGCAAUAGCAUGCAAGAAUGCUAUCAUGCUGAAUCUAUCGCCGAUAAAUCCAUCAGAAGAAUGUUGUGUUCAGUUCAGGGAUACAGAUAUCGCUUGCUAUUGUCGCCGAAUCUUCAAGUAUAUAGAGAAUAUUGUGAGUGUUGAAAAGGUUGCUCAUGUUGCCAAGUAUUGCCAGCGUCCACUGGAGAGUGGGAGCAAAUGUGGAAGCUACACCGUUCCAAAGGAUUGA